CCAAGCAGAUUUCCUUUUCCUUUGUCAUUUCCUCGCCAGCCAAGCAAGUUCCAUUAGAAAUGGAAUUACUUUCUUGUUGGACCUUGCUCUAAUCUCUCCUUUUUGAAACCUCUAAAUUUCAUUUUUGGAAAAUUUUACUCUUUGAUGGCUCUUCUCAUGCAUUCACCUGAAAUUUCCACUCUCCCGAAGUUCUUCUGUAACCCUAAUCCUAGGAAUCCCAAAAGCUUCAUUACUUUGAGGAAUAACGGGAAGGCUGGGUCUAGGGGUAGGGUUAGGGUUAGGGUUUCGGAGCUGGAUCAAGGUGUGAGCUUGUACGGACAGUUCUCGGCUCCGGUGAAGCAAGGUUCGAAGCCGAGCAAAGAGGAGGAAGAGAAGCAGAGUUACUAUGUGAAUGUGGGCUAUGCGAUUCGGACUCUGAGAGAGGAGUUUCCCGAGCUCUUUUACAGGGAGCUCAGUUUCGAUAUCUAUAGGGAUGACAUCGUACUUAAAGAUCCUCUCAAUACUUUUAGUGGCAUUCAGAACUAUAAAUCAAUUUUCUGGGCACUACGAUUCCAUGGCAGGAUAUUUUUUAAGGCUUUGUGGGUUGACAUCGUUAGUGUGUGGCAGCCCAUGGAGAACAGCAUAAUGGUUCGAUGGACUGUCCAUGGCAUCCCACGAGUCCCAUGGGAGAGUCAUGGUCAAUUUGAUGCCACUUCAGAAUACAAAUUCGAUAAGAAAGGAAAGAUAUUCGAGCAUCGAGUUGACAACAUCGCUUUCAAUUCACCUUCAAAGUUUCGAGUGCUGGCUGUGGAGGAUUUAAUCCAAAGUCUUGGUUGUCCCUCAACCCCGAGACCAACUUAUUUUGAAAUUUCUUCUCCUCCAUCUUCAGAAAGAACUUAUCAUUACUGAAGUGCUUUACAAAUUUUGGUAUAUAUUGUGCUAUGUAAGUAAAUAUCAAGCUAGAGCUUUGCAUCUUCUUCAGUGUAAAUCAGUGUGAGAACCUGGUUUAUAAUGCUAAAUGUUCUUGCAGUUGACAGUUCGAA